AUGAGGAACAACAGAAGGAAGCAGCGGUCUACCCACUCCAAAUAUCUUCUUUUCGCUUUAAGCCCCGUCAACAAUUCUCAAACGAGCCCUCAGCAAUCGGCCAAGACAAUGACCAUGGCCGACAACUACGGCCCGCCUGUACCAGAACACAGGGCUAAAGUGGCUGCUGUCUCUGAUCCCAAAGCGCCGCCAACUUUGUCCCCGCUAGCGCCACGAGCCAGUCCAGUGGUUUCAACAGAGACCGUAGGAGCAAACAUCUUGACGCCUGCCCCUUGCCACGCACACUCCUCUACGCCUCCAAGCCGCGCCAGCCCGUUGCGCAGGCGUCGCCGAAAGCCAGCAAUGACAGCUCAUGAAAAGUACCUUGCAGGCCUCAGCUGCAGCAUAAGCAUGGAGGAGCGACUUAGCAUUUGCUUAACGGUGGCGAAGAACUUGCUCGAUUCGGUAUCCUGCAGCAGGCGACCCCAACAUCUCCUCCGAUCAGCCGACGGCUCCACUCUUGCUCUGCGUCCGCUGCACGAAAGAGCUCCCGCCAACGAUCCUGCCACUUCCUCCUCCAAGAAAAGACCUUACUCUCCAACUCCGCGAAGCGGUGAAUGCCCUGAGCAAAAGCGCAAACCCCUCUUUCGUCUUAAACUCCCAGUGGGUCACCUGGCUCAACUCGCCGCCCCAGCAACCACCGGCACAUCUAUACCUCCUCCCGCGAGAUUUGCUGUUGCCGAUUUGGUUGUAGCUUCUUCACAGCAACAGCAGACGCUCAGCGCCAAGAGCCAAACUGCACAGGAGGAAAGCGCAGCCCAUGAGAAAUGCCACUGA